UUUACACCAAUGUAAAUACAAAGCAACAGUAUACAUUUACACAUUUCAAUCUAACUGCAUGACUUAUCCUAUACAACAGCUACUGCACAAGGUCACUUUCUAAAAAUAGAAAAUUGGAACUUCCAAAACAGCUAACUUCUCUAGUAUGAGAAAGGAAAAGAAGACCAUCUCAAAAAAACUUAUCUGCAUGCUCUAUCCGGAUCAAUGAAAUUCAGAGCAGACAAAAGAAGAAGAGAUAAUAAAAACGAAAGAAGAAGAGAUACUAUCAGCUUAAAUAUGCAUAGUAAUUAAUGACUGGUUUCAUUUUGUAGUUUAGGGGUAUCAGGUUUUUUGGAUGAUGGAUGUAUAAACUAACUCCAAUUACUAAACACGGAUGCAAUUAGAUAUCACGAGACUGUUUUCUAGACAGUGACAAAAACUAGCAAGGUAUCUAUUUCAUACAGGAAUGUGGGUAUAAUGUAAACAACCAAAUCACUGCAAAUGAAGGACCAAUUUUUAUUACAGAAAAGAUAGGAUUUAUGGGGAAAAAGUUAAGAAAUUAAUUAUUUCUCCUGAUCUAAACAGGAAAAACUUUGUUUAUAUAGUGUUCUCUAUCAUGACAAAUUCUCAGGAUUUGUUUCUGUUUUUAUGGAAUUAUCUCUUCUAAUGCUACAGAAACAGAGUCCACUAACUUCAACUUACUUUGUAUGACUUUAAGAAAACAAAAAAACAAAAACAAAAAACAAAAACAAAAAAAAACCUUUUAUAGUAAGCCCAACAAAAUGUCAUACGCGUCUUGGACAGAAGACGAAGAACCUAGUGUAUAUAACAAUGCAGAGUACUUCGGAUAUGCUUUUAAUUUUAAAUAUUCAAAACAUUAUUAUUCAAGUCACCUUCCAUUCCUGAAUGACUUGACACCGGCGGAGGAAACCAAGAUGAACAAAUUCCUUCACUUCAUUGAUGAAACCGAACUAAAGUUCAAAAAACCACCAGAAGAGAUUAAUGACAUUAAAGAGGCUGUUCAUGAAAUGGUGGAUAGUUUUGCUAAACAUUUAGAAAACACUGAUCCGCUAUUAGCGGUUUCACAUAAGUAUGCUGUUGGAAGUAUGGCAGAAGGCACAAAAAUCAGAGAACCUGAUGAAUUUGACUUCAUACUGGUGCUUAAAGAACUAACUGCGGAUAAUGUUUCUGUGGAAACUAUUACUAAAGAGGAUAUUUACAUAAAAUGUGAUGACACAGAAUUUGACUGCUUUAAUGAUCACUUUCAUAAACCAAUGCCAGUUAUACAAAAAUGUACAGGUGAUGUUGAUUACCAACAUGUUCAUCUGCCCUUUACAAAUCUGGCUAACUUGGAUAGCAAAAACAAGAAAUUUCCAGGAAAAUGGAAAAAACUUGGUUAUGUUUGCAACUGGAAAAAUCAUUUCUUGAAGUGUCUAAACAAAGAUUCAGAAGGUAUGUUAGGUUUCUUGAACCUUAAUGUGAAUAAAAGCACCGGCACUAUCAAAAAUAAGAAUCUAGACAUUAGUGAAGUUCUAAUCAAUGCUGGACCGGCAAUAAAGUUAAUGUUACUAUGGGAGUCAAAAUCAGGAAAUCAGUUAGAGAUAUCUGUAGACAUUGUACUGGCCAUAGAAAUGAAUGGAAUAGAAAACGUUUUAGCUAUGGAAGAAGUACAAUGUCAGAUGUACUGCAAAAUCUUGCUGGAAACUAACCAGUACUUCUUGAUACCAAUACAUACAGCACACACCGAUGUCUGCUUCAAGGUUACUGUCACAACCACUGAGCUAAACAUUAUGACUCAUCUCUCAAAGGAACACAUUCUCUGUUACAGAAUUCUUAAAUAUCUAUUUCAGGGGAAAUGGACGUCUGCAAAUCUUAUUUGCAGCUACUUCUUAAAAACUUUCCUUCUACGUCACACAGAAUUGUGUAAAUGUCAAUACAACCCUGCUCGCUGUUUAACAGACAUUUUGAAAGUUUUAUCCAUUGCUCUCGAAACAUGCACAAGGCAACCUCACAUGUUUAGUGAAUAUAUGACUGUAGAACAUCUUUUCAUACCAAGACUAGAGAUCGAUUCUGGUCCGCCAAAUAUCCGUAGAAGCAUAAGUAAAUACCUAACAGUGAAUGCUGAACAGCUGCUGGAAGCUGCAAAAUCUGAACAUAAUGAUCAAAUCAAAGACCUGGAAAGACUGAAAGAUGCAUGGAAAACAGUAAGAGAUGAAUCGAGUGUGGUAUACAAAUUUUCCGGUUCUCAAAUUACAUUUAAUUUUGAACUAUAAAUAAUUUCUUGCUUCAGUUGAAAUCUUGAACGCUGAGUCAAUAUUUACCUAGUUAAAAUUUGGUAUGUAUAGUUUUCAGAGAUGAAAGAAAUUGUAUUUAUAACAAUAAAGAUACAAGAGGACCAUGAUGGUCCUGAAUCGCUCACCUGUCCCCACAUGAA